UUCUUUAAUUUUGCCACGGAUCUUUAAACAAUGUGGUUUCUGUCAAACAUCUGGGACCAAUUAAAAUUAUAAUUAACUUACUGUCAGUUACCUAAAAAAUAUAAAAACGGAAGAGGUAUAUUGAUUUUAGACCGAGCCUACGAAACCGCCAUUUGGGAUAAAUUCUAGGCAAUAUUCACCGCUAACCUAAUGUGUUGUCACCAUCACCCUGACCCCAGGGAUUUUGACAACAUCCUGGCACCAUUGCUGAUUGAUCUACAUCCGUGACUAGUCUGUACACAAUUGCUGAAGGAGCGAGGGUGUGUGGGGGAACCAGAGGGCAGUGGUGGCAAGCUUUCCCGGAUUCUAUUUUGCAUUCCUUACAUUAAUCUGAUACCUCUUGAUUCUGUCGAAAUUCCUUGUGACAGUCACAAGUUGCAUACAGAAUGGCAAUGGACCGCGCAGAUAGCACUGCAGCUAUGGCAUCUUUGGCAAGCUAUGCAGAAGAAUCAGAGUCAGAGGAUGAAGCACAGCCCCUGAUGUCAGCUGUUGAUACUAUAUCGGACGAUGAACAUGACACACCAACUAUGCACAUGAAAUCGACAUCACAGACAUCUAAACCUACAUCCAUGCUGACAGAGGAUGAAAACUCGCGCUCAGAUAUGGGCUCUGUAGACAGAGUGAAAGCAAAGAAAAGAAAAGCAAAGCUAGUGUCAUAUGGUGCCGAUGAUCUUGAGGAGAGCUCAUCCUCAGAGGAGGAUGCAGAGGGAGUGACUGAAGAACAAAGUGUGCAGAGUGAGGGACAUGGCAAGACCGUUGUGGAGGGAAAAGUCAGACAUUCCUCACUCGAUGUAGAGCAGGCCUCUUCGUUAUCCAGGGCUAUGGUAAACAAAUCAUUUGAUGAAAUAGAACUGCCGCCUGAACCACCUACCAAGUGCUCAAAACAGCUGCAGGAUAAAAUCGCCAGUUUAUAUGAAAGAAAAAUCCAAGAAGGCCUGAAUCUCAAUAACAACAUUCAAAACAGAGUUGACUUCAGAAACCCCAGUAUAUAUGAGAAGUUGAUAGAGUUUUGUGGUAUUGAUGAGAAGGGCACAAACUACCCACCUGAACUCUACGACCCUUCCAUCUGGGGCAAGGAAUCCUUCUAUGACGCUCUCGACAAGGCACAAAAGCAGGAUAUGGAGAAACGAGAAAAGGAGAAAAAGGAAAGAACCAAAGUGGAGUUUGUCACAGCAACCAAAAAGCCAGGGUCAAAACCAGAGGUCAUCAGCAUAGAUGACAAGAAGCGAAAGUCAAAGUGGGAUGAACCCGGCCACACUGCAGCAGGGAGAAUAGUGGAAUCGAUCAACAAAUCAAUCAGUGCAAACUUGACUUCUCAUGUGUCAGGGACUAAGUCUACUGUUAUACCAGCCACUGGCAGUAUAUCUAAGAAGCCCAGUAAAUGAUGUACACAUGUUGGGCUUGUGAUGAAUGUCAGCAUUUAAAAAUUGAUGAAUACAGUGUUCAGUUGGAAUUGGCAUGGGUAAACAUGUACACAUUGUGAAAUAAAUACCUGCAUCGAGAGGGGGCAUCACAUUAAACUUGCUGCUGGUGUCAUGCAUACGAAAGUGUACCAAGGAUACUUGUCAUCAAGUGCAAAAAUGAUUUAGGUGAUGAACUCUAUAUUGCAAAUUUCACACCAAAUUACAAACUGCUCUUGAUUUUGCAUCACAAUUACCAUAUAAUCAUAGUAAUGCAAAACAUGUAAUACAAAUUGCAAUCACUUGGGAUUCAAUGUAAUUAAGCUUAUGUGAGUGAUUAUGUAAAUAAAUUGUACAGGUGUAAGUUUUUUAGUGUUGCAAUAAACCAUAAAUAUGA